AGUUCAUGGUUAGUUAGAUUUUGGCUUUCAAAAGGCCAACAAUGCCUUCUUAGUUUCUUUUCAUUAAUUGUUCGUAGGAAAAAAUGGCGCUUCAAGAAGAAAAUAAUCAUACAAGCGAAUCAUCGCACAGCGUCUCAAAUGGCAAUGGUGCCCAAUUGCCAGACUGGAUAACAGCAGAACUGUUCAACAACUUCCUAAAGGAAACAGUGCCGGGAUUCAGAGAAAUCAAAAGCUUCAAAACAAAGUCCGCCGUGGCCCCGGGUGAAAAUUAUGCCACCAUCAUGCUGCGAAUCGCAAUGGAAAUCAGCACGCAAUCUGGCAAGGAGAAGACUCUGUCAUAUAUGAUGAAAAUACCACUUGAAUCAAUUAAGGACUUAAUGGAGAAGCGAAACGUAUUUGACGUUGAAUCCAUGAUGUACCGUUCGAUAUACGCUCUGUGA